AUGGAGGGCAUCCUGGAUGCCCUGGCAAAGCUGAGCUUCCAGGAUCUUGCCGCCAUAGGGGUUGUACUCUUUGCACUUCUAGCCAUUUUCGUGUGUGUCCCAUGCUACCUGGUGUUCGUCACAGCGACUGGCCUUGGGCCAAAACGGGCAAAAAGUGUUUGUUCUCACGUCCUUCGGUCUGUCAAGAGACCGACCCGCUUCGACUUCCACAAGAUCGUCCCGCGGCUGUUUCUUGGAAGCCUGCCGCGAACUUUAGAGGAUCUGGAGUUGUUGAAGGCAGAAGGCGUGGGGGCUGUCGUGACGCUCAACGAGGCAUGGGAGAUGGCGCUGUCGACCCGAUUUAUCAGGGACGAGUGCGGCAUGGACCACCUACACUUACCCACACCGGACUUUUUCUCGCCCAUGCAGCCUGACAUCGAGGCGGCUGUCACGUUCAUCACGGACCACGUUGCCAAAGGCAUCGGUGUCUACGUGCACUGCAACGGCGGCCGUGGGCGCAGCGUGGUUUGUGUCCUCUGCUACCUCGUCGGUUCCCAGGGGAUGAGCGCAGAAGAAGCCUUCGACUUGGUCGCCGAGAAGCGGCGGGUCGCUGCCAUGCGAGGCAGCUGUGGUCUGCACAAGCAGUGGCGCUCCGUCAAGCGCUUUGAGAGAAACCUGCAAAGGAGCAGGAGGACGCCUUUCAUAGCCUUCAAGGAGGAGGACGACAGCAUCGACAAUGUUGCUAGCAGCCCGCAGGGCAACGCCGAGCUCAGCCCAAACCGGGACCUCGUGGUCAGCGUGGCCAUGGAACCCGAGUCGCCGAUCAUGGCAGCGAAGGCUCCGCCUGCGCAGCGGGACGACCCCUUGACCGUGCCAGGGGACUCUGAAGGCCACCCGACCAAGCCCUGUGUGGGAGACUCGCCCCCGCCGCCACAGAACGACCCCACGGGCAUCCUCGAGGCGGGAGGUCACUCCUUGGCCUCGGCGGAGCAAGUUCCGGCCGACGCGGAAGAGUACGAUGAGGAUGCGCGGUAUGACAGCGCAAGCGAGAGCUCGGAGGAGGCCGAGCCGCCGCUGCUGGAGUGA